CGCAGUCGUGGCCGCUCAGCUUAACAAAUGGCGGCACAGUGUGUGACAAAGGUGGAGCUGACUGUUGCCUGCACUAAUCUCUUGGAUAAAGAUGUUGGUUCCAAGUCAGACCCGCUGUGUGUGCUUCUCCAGAACACAAGUGGUCAGCAGUGGUACGAGGUUGAUCGCACAGAAAGAAUUAAGAAUUCCUUGAACCCAAAGUUUUCCAAGAAAUUCCUAAUUGAUUAUUAUUUUGAGCUUGUUCAGAAACUUAAAUUUGGGAUAUAUGACAUUGACAACAAGACCUUUGAUCUGAGUGAUGAUGAUUUCCUAGGAGAAUUUGAGUGUACACUGGGGCAAAUAGUUUCUAACAAGACUUUAACAAAACCAUUGGUACUUAAAAAUGGCAGACCUGCUGGAAGAGGAAGUAUUAUGAUUACAGCAGAAGAAGUGAAGGAUAACAGAGUAGUUGUAUUGGAAGUAGAAGCAAGGAAAUUGGACAAUAAGGAUUUUUUUGGAAAGUCAGAUCCUUAUCUGGAAUUCCACAAGCAGACUGGAGAUGGAAACUGGGUGAUGGUUCACAGAACAGAGGUUAUUAAAAACAACUUGAAUCCUGUUUGGAGGCCAUUUAAAAUCUCUCUCAAUUCUCUGUGUUACAGUGACAUGGAUAAGUCAAUCAAGGUAGAGUGCUAUGACUAUGAUGGUGAUGGGUCUCAUGAUCUCAUAGGAAGUUUUCAAACAACGAUGUCAAAACUGAAGGAAGCAUCUCGGUCCUCACCUGUUGAAUUUGAAUGCAUCAAUGAAAAGAAAAGACAGAAGAAAAAAAGCUAUAAAAACUCUGGCAUUGUGAGCGUUAAGCACUGUGAGAUCAUAGUAGAAUGUACAUUCCUUGACUAUAUCAUGGGUGGAUGUCAGCUGAAUUUCACAGUGGGGAUAGAUUUUACAGGCUCCAAUGGAGAUCCUCGCUCCCCAGACUCUCUGCAUUACCUAAGCCCUAAUGGAGUUAAUGAAUACCUAACAGCCAUUUGGUCUGUAGGAAUGGUCAUUCAGGACUAUGAUACAGAUAAAAUGUUUCCAGCCUUUGGAUUUGGUGCACAGGUGCCUCCUUCAUUUCAGGUGUCACAUGAGUUCCCAUUAAAUUUCAACCCAUCAAACCCCUUCUGUAAUGGCAUCCAAGGCAUUGUUGACGCGUAUCGGGCUUGUCUUCCUCAAGUGAAGUUAUAUGGGCCAACCAAUUUUUCUCCAAUUAUAAACCACGUGGCAAGAUUUGCUGCUGCAGCUACACAGCAGCAAACAGCAUCUCAAUACUUCAUACUUCUGAUCAUAACGGAUGGUGUAAUAACAGAUCUUGAUCAAACUCGAACUGCCAUAGUUAAUGCUUCAAAAUUGCCCAUGUCCAUUAUCAUUGUUGGUGUUGGGGGAGCAGACUUUGAUGCUAUGGAGUUUCUUGAUGGUGACAAUGGAGUUCUUAGGUCCUCCUCAGGAGAACCAGCUGUCAGAGACAUUGUCCAGUUUGUGCCAUUUAGGAAGUUCCAGAAUGCUCCAAAAGAAGCUCUGGCUCAAUGUGUCCUCGCCGAAGUCCCUCAGCAAGUGGUGAACUACUUCAGCACCUACAAACUGCAACCUCCUAAGAAUCCUGCUGCAAAGUGAAGGGAUUGAGUAGGGGGGCUAAGAGUUUGUGCCUUCUUUUCUUGGUGUACCUACAGGCUUUGGUUCUUGAGAUACUUUUUUAUACAUGUAUAUACACACACCUGUAUGGUAACGUCUAUUAGCUUUUGCGUGCAAAUCCGUACUUUGCCAAGUGUGCCUUUUCAGAACCAAAAUUAUAAUUGCUGUAACCAUUCAUUUGUGGAGUAGAAAUUAUGUGGGUGCAUUUUAUUUUGAAAUGUAACAGCGAAAAGAAAGAAGUUAUAUAUUCAGGGAGAACAAUUGAGAGUAUACUGGCUGCCUUUUACCUUUGUUGGAUAAAUAUGUCCAGUGAGAUGGUUCAGUUACUUUACUGGGGAUCUCCACACAGUAUUGCGGUUUUUCAGUGAUUAUAAACCAGUCUGAUGUGCAGAAGAGGGUACAGCUACACCAAGCAAGUAAAAGUAUGUAUAUGCUUCAACACAUCUGGAAUACUUCAGGCUUCUUAAGCUGCCAUAACAGAAUUUUGUCACAGUAGUGGCAGAAUUAGACUUGUGCCAGAAGAGCGUGUAAAAGCCAUCCUUGCAUGCGUACUUCACAUUUGUCGCUUUAGUGCCUUUUGCCAGUGCCUGAGAUUCAGAACCAUGAGAAUAUUAGCCAAACAAGUCAUUAGGUGUAACUCCUUUGUAGCACACUGUAUUUCAGUGCAUUGUAGGAAUAACGAAGGUGAAUCAAGACAAACCUCAGACAUCUCAGAGACAUGCUAUUGACCUUCAAGGCUACCACUGUAGAGGCUGUAAGAUAAGUUUGGGUGUGAACUAUGCUGGAAAAUGGGAACUUCAGGUUGUCCUUUGUUUUUUUUUCUUCGAUAAAACAAUUGCGUAUGACUGUUGAUCUUCAGAGGAGCUUAUUGUGAAGUGGGAAUUCACUUUUCAAUUAAAAAUUUGUUUCCUCAGUUUUAUAACUGCAUAUUAUCAAGCAAAGGUAGUUCUUGAAAGCGGUACAUAUUUUUUAUUUUUUACCAGUUUAUUGUAUUUUGAAUCAUGCAUCUUUUUGAUUAGCUCACUAAUAAAAAGUGCCUGCAAAACAACAAUAUUCCCUCCUCGCCCGCAAAAGGAAGAUUUAAGAAAAUUUCUACACUGUAAUCCUGUAAUCAUACCAUUUUUCUCUAGGGCAGACAACUUUUUUUUUUUUACUUGCCUUUUUUACUUCUUACCUUGAGUUUUCUCUUUACCGUUUUUGUCUUACAGAAUAGAACAUAAGGAAGUGUACAUCAUGAUAUAGUUACUUGGUGGUCAGAUCAAACUUUCCUGUCUCCCAGUGGCAUUACUGCUUGCUGUUGUAAGCAAUCUUUUUCGAUCCUAUCGGUGCAUGUAACAUACUUGGAUGUAAAGGUCUCAUUUAUCACUUCCAAAACGCCCAUCCUAAACAUUAAUUUUGCAUUUAAGCGUUUGAAAUGUUUUAGAAUUAGGCAUCAUCUGACUGAUCUGAUUUUGAAUGGUCUAGCUGUAACACGUUAGAACAAAAUGAACUAACACUGAACUUAACCUUUUUGUGAGCAGUCAAGAUUGCACCAGAACAUCGCAUAUGUGCCUUUUUUCAGUUGUUGAAGCUGCUCUGGUUUUAUUUUAAUUUUUUUCCAUAUGAGUAUAAUCCUGUCAAAAGUCUGAAUUCAGAUUAAUAUUGAUGGCUGAAAGAUAUGUGUUGUGAUUGUAAAGCACACCAAAUGGUUUGCAGACAGUUGGCUCAUUAUCAGUCAUGAAUUAAUAAAUUACUCCCCACUCCCUUUUUCCCUAGGGAUUCCCAAAUAAUUUCAAUAAUGAAAUACUGAGGAAGAGAUUUUGUUUCAUAUUAAGCCAAGCUUACUUCCUUUUUUAAUCUCUUUAUCUUUUUGUUUAUAUAAAAAUCUUCAGUCAUCCUUUGUCAGUGAUGUGCAAAUAUAUUAUUACUUUAUACAUAAAAUGUCAUGUCAAAGAUGCAACAAAAUAUUAAGAUCAAGGAAGCAGUUGUAAUAAACAUCAAUCGCACAGCUGCAAAUUGAUAUAAUAUGAUUUUUGGAGCAGUAAGCUGUUUCACAGCCAGGUGUUCCAUUUGGAGAGAGAAUUAGACGCUCUAUCCAGAUUCAUUGUAGUGGACAUAUACUACUGAUAGGAAUACAGAAUACUACUGAAGUUUCUCUGAGGUAUCUGCCAAAAAAAUGAUGCUGCAUCUGAGUUACCAUACCAGUUCUGUCUCAGGUUGCUGUGGAAGUGCAUUUAAAUGCAGUUAGGGAUGGUAAUAGGUAUUUUAUAUCAAAGACCUGCUGCAUAUAAAAUACACAAAGCUCUUUUUGGUUUAUUGGUAUUCUAUGCAUAAAUCCAGAGUUUCUGGAGUAGAGAGUUAAUUUAUAUUUGGAAAGUGUCCCCUUACUCCUCAAGCUUGGGGAAUUAAGUAAACAGCGUAUCAGUGACACCUGCUUCUCAAAGUGCUCGAGUAUAUGUAAAAGAAGAGUUUGAUAGCUUCAAGAGCCAUUUUCCAGCUAACAGCCUGUUGAAAAGUUUAGAAACUUCUAAAUUAGGCUGAAAAAACAUUCAGAGGCAAGAAAUGCACCGAAUUGUGAGUCGGGGGGUGGAGAGUAUUAUUUUUUUUUUUAAUGUGUUACAAAUGCCUUAUUAGCUUGAUAAAGCAAGUGUUGUCAAAGCUCUUUUGUAAAGUGAAUGUGUUUGUAGGUCAUCUGCACCACCUUGUGAUAAAAACGAUGUAUAGCAGUCUUCAUAAUCACAAGCUUUUUGCCAUUUAGUGGUCUUAAUAUAUGCAUAUGUACAGCAGAGAAAUAACCAUGAGCAGAAUUUUUUAAAGUGCUUUCCAUAUGAAUUUCAGUUCUGAUGAAGCUAACUAAUUUACAAUGCCUGUGCAUUAAAACUAUAAUUUCAGUGUA